GUCAGGGACUCCAAACAUUGCUCACUUCCUCCUUGGCCCACCUACCCUCUCCCAGGAAGACUUUUAAUUGCUGUCCACUGUUUGAGGCUCCUUUUUAAAUGUACUGAUAGAGCAACAGAGAAUAUGCAAAGCUUUCAGCCCCACAAAGGUCCCCGUAAUCUGGCCCCGACUGCCAUUUCACUUGUUGUCCCACUACCUCCCUGAGCCCCAGCUGUCUACACAAUGCCUGUUUAUGCUCUUCCACUUCUCUAGCUGCUCUUCAAACACAUCCUAAAUUCACCUUUCAUCUAACUUCUUCCAGUCCCGUUCUUAACCCCGAUACCCACUCACCCAUUAAAUCCUUGCAAUCUUUCAGGGAGUCUCGGCUUGCUCUCUAUUUGCAGCCAUUGAUUCCUCCCCACAGCAGCCAUCUGACCUCCAGUGUAGCACCUACGUCGCCCUCUUCAGACUUACCCAUGUACCUGUCUCUCUUCCUCAUCUCUAAACGACUGAACUUUCAGAAACAACCCUGGCUCUGCCCUUGCCUCCCCGUGUAAGUACAAUCAGGCCCGCCAUGUGUACCACCAGUGAGUGUGACCUGGAGGAGAUCCCCCUGGAUGAUGACGACCCAAAUAGCCUAGAAUUCAAAAUCCUGGAGUUCUAUGUCAAACAGCACGUCUUCAAGAACGACUCUGCUGUCUUCUCGCCAGAGCGGUUGAGAACAAGAAGCUUGUCCCAGAAAGGACUGGGGAGUUGCUCAACAAAUGAGUCAGGGACACAGGUGUCAUGGGCUUGCAGAAAUUCCCAACCCAGUGAGAAGCCCAUAAUCUUUGCCAAGAAAAAGUCAUCUUGGAGAACGUUCUUUGGAGUAGUGGAGAAGGAGGAAGAUUCUCUGAGGUCAUCUACAGAGAUCCAUCGUCAGGGUCAAAGGACAGUGCACCUUGAGAGUGGACGUCAGAGUCAGUCAGGGUCCAGGUCCCUUUCUAACGUGGAACGGUGCUUAAAGCGCGAAGCUGUGGACCCCAAAGUUGUUUGCAUUGCCAAUCGAGUUGCUGAGAUUGUAUAUUCCUGGCCACCGCCAGAAGACCUCCCCUACCAGGAAGGAAGCUUCCAGUCAGAAGGGAGAUUGGUGGUCUUCCAGGGCCCCCAGCCCCAGAUACUCCAGCUGAGAGCUGCAAGUUCUAAGAAAGAUGAUGAUGACCAAAUAAUAGCCAGAAUCGUUGAGCUGCUGAAAUAUUCUGGGGAUCAUUUGGAAAAGGAGUUGAAGAGAGACAAGACUUUGAUGAACACCUUCCAGGACAGGCUGUCCUACUCUGUUUUCAAGACCAUCACAGACCAGUUCUUAAGGGGAGUGGACACCAGGGGAGAAUCGGAGGUCAGAGCUCAGGGCUUUAAGGCUGCCCUUGCAAUAGACGUCGCAGCCAAGCUCACCGCUGUCGACAACCACCCCAUGAACAGGGUCCUGGGCUUUGGAACCAAGUACCUGAGAGACAACUUCUCGCCCUGGGUCCAGCAGCAUGGAGGAUGGGAAAAAGUGCUUGGGAUAUCACGUGAAGAGGUAGACUGACACAUCUGAAGGUCUGUAAUCUGGAACAUUCGUGCAGCAGUGGGCCGGUGUGCAUCACCCUCAGCAUAGACUACAGGAGAAAAUUUAAAUGGACAGGCAGAUGGAGCCUCGGGUUUUCAAAACCAACAUUCCUGUGAGCAAGAGGCAGCAGAAGAGUGUUGCUCCUGUCCCACGGAUAGACGGUAGUAGCGUGGCCGUUGACAUCCAUGUUUUCUAGGCCCUCCUUUGAGUGGGUGAGGAAGUCUAGAAAGAUAAGUGGUAAUUCGCCUUCCAGAUAUUCACAACAGAAGUUGUGAAUCUUCCUGCCUCUGUUGGCCACUUUCAGGAAUGUGUGUUAUAGAUAUUUGCUGUUCCCGUGAGAGGAAAAUGAUAAAUUGUGCAUGUUUCUACUCUUCAGUUUCCAGUACUAUUUAUUUCUUAAACUACACUUGGGAUGGCCUGAUAAUGACACUGUUUCAAGCCUGUCUUUAGGAAGACUUUGCUGGUCAAGCUGGUAUUGGUAGACACAACCCAAGGACACCCUUGAGGUUACUGUUGUAUCCACUCUUUCGGAGACAUGCUGCCAUCUCUGCCUUUUUGACUCAUUUUUUUCUGGGAAAAUUCUUUGAGUGUGAAGAACUUCCCUGUGGCAGAAAACAAGUACUCCUAUCCCCCUCAGCUCUCUCAGGGACCUCACCACUACUUCUCAAAAUGUCUGAGACACUUAACAGCUGAAAAACAGUCAAAGUAUGUAUACGGUCUUAUAAAUUUCUGGAUCCCUAGCACCCAGCAUGUAGCCUGAUGUACAAUAAGUACUUAAUAAAUCUUUGAUGCACAAAUAAAUGCAUUAACCA